AUGAAUCCGACGCGACAUCCGCCGCCUUUACGCAUAUACCAGGAUCCCCCCCAGCCAGCAAACCAGACCUCCGCCCAUUCCUCCACACAACACCCUCCCACUCAUCCCAAACAUCUUCAGCCGUCUCCUAUGCCCCUUCAGGCAAUUCAUAAUGUCAACGCGAAUCGAAAUAUUGUACUAGACCCCCCGUCAAAGGACCCAAAGCCUCAGUCACCCGUCAAGCCUCAGCAGAGGUCCAAUGCGACGGGCUCCGAACAGGGGAAACUUGGCUUUGUUCCGAUUUCCGCACCUCACACGGCUCGACUGCCCCAGGGAUCUCCCUCGAAGAAGUCCCAAUCCUAUCCAUAUCCUAGUAUUGCUAUGCAGCCGGCAAGAAUGCCUUUGUUUACCACAUUCUCCAGUGUUCCUGACCCUCAACCUCAGUUGCCGGCGAAGCCAAUCAUUCAUGAGACCUUUACAGAAGUCGCUGCUACUCCAUAUGAGACACAGAACCCGACCAAACACCCUCUAACGGAGACCUCAACGCUGAAGGAUCGCUCGUCGAAGAAGCUGAAACGCGAAGAGAAACAAGUUGUCCAGCUUCCGGCGCCUCAUGAGAUGCCUCCAGUCGAAGACGAUGGCGCCAAGCCGCCAUACAGCUACGCGAUUCUCAUCGGCAUGGCUAUCCUACGCGCUCCCAAUCGACGCCUGACGCUUGCUCAAAUCUACAAGUGGAUCUCAGAUAACUUUUCAUUCUAUCAAUCCAGCGACUCUGGCUGGCAGAACAGCAUUCGUCACAAUCUCAGCCUAAAUAAGGCAUUUGUCAAGCAGGAGCGCCCGAAAAAUGAUCCUGGCAAGGGAAACUAUUGGACAAUUGUCCCAGGAAUGGAACUUCAAUUCCUUAAAGAGAAGCCAAUCAAUCGUCCGCCCAUCAUGUCAACUCUUCCUUUGACUCAGCCGGCUGCACGGAUCCCCCGGCUACAGCCGCAUCCUCCGGAAUCUCAAAGAGUGGAAUUCCAGCCAAGUCGCCCUCCCGUCAACACGUCUAUGCCGCCACCAGAACGCAUCUCUCCACCCAGCCAGGAUAUUUCUUCCGAUGCAACAAUACCCGCUUCCGAUCCAGCACUUCAGGAGGACAGUAGCGAAGAAGUUAUCUCGACUGCGCACCCCUCAGUUGCCGCUGCACGCUCUUCUCCCCUUCAAGCAAUCCGUUCGUCUCCACCUGUUCCACCCCCUGUUUUCCGUCGCGAAGCCACACCUCCAACUCCAUCCCGCCCGGCUACCGCAACCGUGCCUGGAUCUCGUUCAAGAAAACGUAAGCUGUCCAUCAUGAAUGACAGUGGCUACUUCUCUUCUUUGGAGUCCUCUGUCAUGAGACCACACAAAUCAGAACAUCUCUUGACUUCUGACUUGGAUAUUGAGCCUCCACGGAUCAAAGCCGGACGCGCUGAAGAAGAGAUAGCACGCAUUCGUAGCUCAUCGCAUGAUAUUAGCCCCAUCCGCUGUGCUUCGCUGAGAGAGACUACCCAUCUUCUGGGCUCCUCACCAUUACGCAACGAAUUUAUGCAGAUGGUGCCUCCUCCAUUGACUCCUGCAAUUAAAUUCAAAAAACCGCCAAAACCGCCACCGUCUCUUUCACCCAACACCAACCUCCGUAACCAUCGUAAGAAGAUUCAGCAGAUGGUUAACUCUCCAAUCAAGCAUCUCGGGCUGGCAGAUGAUGUUCUUCCUUGGAGCCCAGCGUUCAAUCUUCAGGAUGAGGCGUUGGUGCAUGAUACAUUGAACGGCACCCCGUUCUUUGAUAUAUUUUCUGACCACUUCGGUCCUUCCCUUUCUACUCCCACUUUAGGUUCUCCUGAAAAAAGAUCCGCAAAACGCGAUCGAUUCAGUUCCAGUGUGCUGGCAGACAUCACAGCUGUUAACGGAAAUACACGUUUGAAUACGCCAUUUUCACGGCUUUCGAAAGCUAAGGCUGGGAAAUAUUAUGAGUCCCCCUGUAAGAGGACCGAUAACUAUACUGAGAAUUCCCACGAGGACUUCUUUUCUUUCAAUUUAUUUAGCGAAGAUGCACUAGGAGAAGUUGACGGAAUCGACCUUCUCCAAGGUUUUGAAAAAAUUGGAAAGCCUGUUAAAGAGGAGCAGUCUCCAAAACGAGUUCUUGGAUGUGGUCGUAAAAGUGUUGGACAAAAGGGCUAA